CUGGCCGGGUGCCGGCUGAGGAGCCACGGUCCGGCAUGAGGGGCUGGGGUCUGGCUGCCCCCUCCUUGCCGCUGCAGCUCCAUGGGAUGCCUGCGGAGCCUCACUGGGCUCUGCCUGGCCGGGCUCCUGCCCCGCGCGGCGGGGUUGCCCCGGAGGACCCUGUGUGCCCUGGCCUUGGGUUUGACCCCUGCGGCUCGCCCUGCUGCCAUCUGUGGCCGCGCCAGCCACCUGCUCGGAAGGAGCCGGGCCUGGCCGCUGCGCGGGCCCCGCCGGCCCGGCUGCACAGGUGAAGUGCAUCGGUUUAGAACAUCUGAUGUCUCUCAAGCCACAUUAGCCAGUGUAGCCCAGGUAUUUACCGUGACAAAAUUUGACACAGAAGGAAAUGUUUCUUCUUUUGAAAAGAAGAAAACAGAAUUAUACCAGGAGUUAGGUCUUCAAGCCAGAGAUUUGAGGUUUCAGCAUGUGAUGAGCAUUACCACCAGAAACAACAGGAUCAUCAUGAGAAUGGAGUAUUUGAAAGCUGUGGUAACUCCGGAGUGUCUUCUGAUACUAGAUUAUCGGAAUUUAAACUUGGAGCAAUGGCUAUUCCGAGAGCUCCCGUCGCAGCUGGCUGGAGAGGGUCAGCUUGUCACAUACCCUUUACCUUUUGAGUUCCGAGCUAUAGAAGCACUCCUACAGUAUUGGAUCAAUACUCUUCAAGAGAAACUUAGCAUUUUGCAGCCACUCAUCCUUGAGACACUAGACGCUUUAGUGGAUCCCAAGCAUUCUUCUGUAGACAGAAGCAAAUUACACAUCCUACUACAGAAUGGCAAAAGUCUGUCAGAAUUAGAAACAGAUAUUAAAAUUUUCAAAGAGUCAAUUUUGGAGAUCUUGGAUGAUGAGGAGUUGCUAGAAGAGCUUUGUCUGACCAAGUGGAGUGACCCACACGUCUUUGAAAAGAGCAGUACUGGGAUUGACCAUGCAGAAGAAAUGGAAUUGCUCCUCGAAAACUACUACCGAUUGGCUGAAGAUCUUUCUAAUGAAGCUCGUGAACUUAGGGUACUAAUUGAUGACUCGCAGAGUAUUAUCUUCAUCAAUCUAGAUAGUCACCGGAAUGUGAUGAUGAGGUUAAAUCUACAGCUGACCAUGGGAACCUUCUCUCUUUCUCUCUUUGGACUAAUGGGAGUUGCUUUUGGAAUGAAUUUGGAAUCUUCUCUUGAAGAGGACCAUCGAGUGUUCUGGCUGAUUACAGGAAUUAUGUUUAUGGGAAGUGGCCUCAUCUGGAGGCGUUUGCUUUCAUUCCUUGGAAGACAACUAGAAGCCCCAUUGCCUCAUAAGAUGGCCUCUAUACCUAAAAAGGCCCUUCUGGCAGAUAGAAGGAUGGAUGUGAAGAGCAGCCUGAGACCAGAUGGACUUGGAUCGAACAGGACUGUCCUAACAAACCGCUAACAUCCACCUGGGGGGUAGUCUAUAUUUUUUUAUACUUCUGAUAAUUUAUUUUCUUUUAUAGAGUCAUAUGCUCAAAAAAAAAGAUUCAUAUGUAAAAUGUCUGAUUAUAAAAAAUAGAGCAUUCUUAAUAAUAGAACUCGAUUGCAUUUCCAGAAUAUUAAGCAAGGUGCUUUCUUUGUAAAAGGCCAAAAUUCUAUUUCCUAGAAACUUAAAUACUGUUUUAUAGGCAUGCUAUGAAACAGACUAAUUUCAGGGUGACCGUUAGAUAGACUUUAUAUCUUAAUUUAUACAAAUAUUCAUAUUAAGUGCAGUUUUCUGCCAAAUGAAGCCAAGGAACUGGAAGAAGCCACGGUCAUUGAGAUCAGGUAACCACAAUUCUUAAGUACAGGGAAUUAGGUUCAUCCAGGCUCAUAGUACUAGAAAGCUGGCAUAUGCCAGGCGCCACUGGCUCAUGCCUGUAAUCCUAGCUACUCAGGAGGCUGAGAUCUGAGGAUCACAGUUCAAAGCCAGCCAGA